UUUUCAAUUUCACUUGGAUCCGCACGAAGAUGAUCUCGACGCCGGCGACGACGCAGGUGCUCAUGCUGUGCACGGCGAUCCUGUACGUCAAGUACCUCGCGUCGCUCAUGGUCCAGGGCGGCAAGAAGUUUACUGCCGGCACGCGCGCGCCCGAGGACAUGGCCGCGAGCUCGGCGAUCCCGCGCCAGAACUUUGGCCUCUCGGCCAACAUUGUCGAGAGCGACGCGCACCAGCAAGCCAAGGCCGACGACAUUCGCUGGCAGCGCAUCGUCGGCAACGACCUCGAGAACCUUCCGUUCGGCAUCAUUCUGGCCUGGACGUCGAUCCUCGCCGGCGGCAACACGUCCGUGACGUCGGUCGCGUACAUCGUCUUUACCAUCGUCCGCGUUGUGCACACGCUGGCGUUUGCCAACCACAUCUUUUGGCCGCGCACGUCGGCGUGGACACUUGGGAUUCUCUCGAUGCUGACCAUGGCCAUCAACGGCAUUGUCGGCUCGUUUUCGUAAACGUGAUCUCUUAUCAAUCCUAAUUAAGCUCUUUCAAACCCUUUCUAUAUGUACCUCGA